CUCUUAGCGGUCCUGGCUAGUAAAGGCUAACUGACUAGCCUAGCUCGCUCUGUAGAUUAGAUUUAUUAUCAUCAGUAAUGCAGAUGAAAUAAAAGUUGGUGUGAUUCUGAGGAGGAGGAAGAGGAGGAGAUUGUUUGCCUUCGCUGUAGCUUUGGAGGCAGAAAAUGAAGAGAAUUUAAGCUGCUUGGGUCAGAGACUUGACUGUCUCUCGUUUAAAGUGGGAAAAACAUUGUUUUUUUUUUGUCUUUCGAUUAUGAUUUUGUUCUUUAUGUUGAGUAAAGUGUGUGUGAGAUAUUGAGUGUUGCUUGGUGGUUGUUUUUGUACACUAAAACACGAGUUUUCUUCCUGUUAAAUCCUGCAGCUUUUUUUAUGAAGCGACGGAUUCAUUCGUUUGUGAUUUGCGAAUCGAUUCGCAAGAAAGAGUCGAUCCAAAAGAACCGAUUCACUUCUGAAUCUCGCGUUUGACAGCGACGCCUGUGUUGCGUGAUCUCCACCGACAUCUGCGUUUCAGAGCAGCUCUGAGGAGAAGAGGAAGAACAAUGUUUCAUCUACCUCUUCCUCUCCUGCUCACUGCAUCUCUCUUGGUUCCAUUUUCAUUUGCAGUAACGAAGGAACUCCACAGCUGGAGUGACAAUAACGUGCCUCUGCUUGUGGACAGGAACACGGUGCAACUCCCGAGUCCCCAAUUCAGUGACCGAGAUUCUGAAGAACCAGAUGCAGUGUGUGGAAUUGAGUGCCAGAGGAACCUUCCAGAACCUGGAACCACGGAACUGGAGCGUCUUCUCGCCUACGAGACGUUUUAUGAGAACGGAACUCGGACUCUGACGGAAGUGGAGCUGCAGGAUGUGAGGAACACCUCGUCCUCUUCUCUCGCCGUUCUCUCACGCAGGAAACGGCAGGUGUACGGCACAGACGGGCGCUUUGUGAUCACGGACAAGCGCUUCGUCACCAACUUCCCGUUCUCGGCAUCAGUGAAGCUUUCGACGGGAUGCUCUGGGAUUUUAGUGUCACCCAAACACGUGCUGACGGCGGCACACUGCGUUCACGACGGUCGUGGAUACCGAAGGGGGUUAAAGAGGCUGCAUGUGGGUGCGAUGAAGCUACGGAGAAAUACUGGGAGGAGGAGAAAUAAAAUGAAGGGAGAAAGCAAGAGGAAACAGAAGAAGAGAAAAGGAAAGAAAAGGAAGAAUCGGAGUAAACGGAAAUCCUUCAAGACUUCCGAGCAGCCAGCGCUCCGUUGGACACGUGUCAAGCAAACGUACGUACCGCAAGGCUGGAUGAGCGAUGUGGGUAACGAGGUGACGCUCGAUUACGACUACGCCCUCCUGGAGCUGAAGCGCAGACCCCGGAUAAAGCACAUGGAUUUGGGCGUGGUCCCGCAUGUCACACGGAUCCACUUCUCCGGUUUUGACGAUGACCACGCAGGGAAGGUGGUGUACAGGUUCUGCUCGGUGACGCAGGAGUCCGGCGAUCUGAUGUACCAGCACUGUGACGCACAGAGAGGCUCGAGUGGUGCAGGAGUGUACGUGAGACUCCGUAAGACACCUACGAAGGCGAAGGGGAAGUGGAACAGGAAAGUGAUUGGCGUGUUUUCGGGACACAGGAGCGUGAAGGAAGGGAACGGCACACACAGAGACUACAACGUAGCGGUGAGAUUCACGCCGGCGAAGCUCGCCCAGAUUUGCCUUUGGAUCCACGGAGAUGCUAAGCAGUGCGCCUCAGACUGAGACCACCUUCAAGUGACACUUGUAAUGUCUCGAAUUCCAAAAUUUCAUCCAGGUGAAAAACAGAAUUCAUGCAUUAUUCCACUUUAUCCCAAAUGCAGUCCAUCUGACACGUCUGGAUUUGGUUCUUUAGUUUGGUACUAGAAUCUUGAAAACCUACAAUCGUUCACUUUUUCGUAAAAUCCAUGGCCAAACCUUCAUACACUUGAUCAAAAUGAAAUCACGUUGUUAUCCUGUAGUGCGCAUUUCUACGUUUAAAUCUGAAGUAGAACUACGUCAUCGUCUGCAUUGCUUCCAGCUUUCCGGUACAAUUCCGCUUUAACGCUGUGGUCACACUAGCAAGCGACAGACGAUCCUUCGUUGUCUAUUUGCGUCGCUACACGGAGCCACAGCAGCAUUUGAUUUGAGAUUUUCUCAAUUUUAUGCAAAUUAGGUAUGACGCAUUAAAGCAAUAAAACCAAAUGAUCGGCUCAAAUGAUUCCUCAGAACAAUCCUACGGCAUUUCUUCAGUUCCCCUUCUCACAACUUUAGUUCCUACCUACAAUUAGUUCCUGUUUACUUUUUGACGCAAAAAUGGAAGAAGAGACUUUAGGAGGCGGAGCAUCGGGUGCAUGAAAAACAUCAAAACGUCAUUUCUGAAUUCAAACAUUUCCGCUUCAGGUUGUCUUGUGCCAAAUAAUACCAACAUGACACGGCUACAGCGUACAGUUUAGCUCAUGUUUAUAGAGAACAGGAAGUGCCACUGUGUCCUAAACCACAUCGACGCAUCUGAGGAUAAAGAUCUUUAGUAGAGAUAGACAGAGUAGCUUCUUUGUUAACUAUAUCAGCAUCUUAGCUUCAGUGCUAAACUAAAGAAGCAAAUUUCAGACACUAGACAGAUCAGAUCGACUACAUUUGGGGUAAAGGGACAUUGUAAAUGUUUUUUUUUUUUUUUAAAUCAAGAGUGUCCUAUGUAGCACACAGGUAAAGGGAACACAAUGAUUUUACACAAAGAUUUCAGAAUCAGUGGGUGCGUUCAGGUCACUUUGGUCGGAGCAAGAUGGCGGCGUACCUUCUCUUCUCUAACUACAAAAAAGAUAAAAAACUAAAGCAAAGGUUUUUUUUAAACUCUACUUCUAGAAAAUGAAAAAAAAAUCAUUUUUAAUCAAUUUAUGAAGCCACUGUAAACUUUGUUACAUAUUAUAUCAUAAGUGUACAACGCUAUCGUACUUUGUGCAGGCAGUUAACUUGUUUUAUUGUUAAAAAACCUGACAAAGACAACAUUCAAUUUUAAUUAUUAAACAUUCAAUUGCAACAAAUUUGCCGUCAGCUACAGACGCCGCUUCCAUCGAGUCCACCACGUUUUCUUACUGACACGCCCCCAACAGAAACUCUGAGCUCUAAAGAAAAGAAAAAAAUAAAUAAAUAAAUCCAGAGUUUCUUACUCGUAAUUCGUUCGUAAAUUUGAUCUUUUCGACGUGACUCGAACGCACCAAGCUUCCUGUUUAUUCGUGUGCUACAUAGUGCCCUUGAUUCUUCAGUGUAGGGUGUGUGAAUUUGAACACAGCAUGCAUCAUAGAUCAUCUACUUCCUGUCGAAAAAAGGAAGACCAGUUAACAUUUUUUUGGUGCUAAUCUCAAAACUCAUUAUUAUUUUAAUGCAUUUAGGAACAAAAUGAUAAUUAACAUUUUGUCACUGUUCACAAUAUUAUUACCAAGUUGCACAGAAGGGACAGUUCAGUCCUUCCUCUUUUCUUUUCUUGCUUUUAAAUCUUUUUUAAUUUCAUAGAAUCCCAUGGCUGGCUGGUGAAAAGAAUUAUGGGAUUGCCUUCUCUGAAGAUACACGUUACAGGACGUCAUCUUUCAAAUGAAACACUUUCUUUGUUCCUAGAUCAGAAAUGCUGCCUAAGUAGCACAUAUUUUGUUUACAGUAACCAUAUUAUCGUAAACGUAUCGAGAAACGGUGCUAAAGAAUAGAUUUUAAUUUCAGAGUAGGGCAAAAAAAAAAAAAAGAAAAGGUGCUUUUGGUUAUUUUCAGCCUGGUAUAUAGCUUCUCUUUAUUUAGAUAAAUGAAUCAUGUGAACAGACAAAUCAGUGGUACACACCACUUCCUGUUUAUUUCUUUAAACAGAUCAGAGAAAGUGAAUUACAGGUCAUUACGUGUCAUUUAUCAGCAAGCCGUGUUGCUGCAGUAGCAAAAACAAAUACAAGCUAAGUGCAUGGGCUAAGCUACAACCGCUAUAACAUGGUGGGAUGUUAAUAAAUACGGAGUGGGCGGGGCUUUACUCCUCCAGAGA